AUGUUAGCACAUGUUAUACACCUGGUCCUGCCGCACCUCGCGGCCAAGGACACCAAGAACCUGUCGCUGACGUCCCGAGACCUCUACAAGACCAUGGUGGCUCUGGAAGCGCGCCACUUUCUCGCCAGCAAAGACAUCUGUCCCUGGAGCCAGCCGUUCGACUUGUCGUGGAAACAGGUGGCCGAACAACUCAUUCCCCCGGAGAAAUUCAAGCAGAUUCCCCACCUGGACCUCAAUCUCCACCAGCACACACCGUUUCGACCCUCCCCUCUUUCGCUCUUGUCGGAAUCGGCCCAGGGACACUUCACUCUGGUUGAAGAAGAGGAGUUCAUUCACGAGGAGCUGUGGGACACUCUGGUUCCCGACUCGGCGCUCAUUUGCGACGCCAUGUAUCAGGACCCGACUCGAGUCCGGUUGGAGCAGGUCCAGACCUCCAUUUUCGACAACAACUCCCUCGACGACCCAUUUUUCGACCUCACGACCGGCACCCGGGCGAAAACGCCCAGACAGACCCAAACGUCGCCCCAAUCGCCCCCCAAUGCCUUCUCCUUCUUUGCUAAAAACCGCCAGUGGACCUUCACGCUGCCCAACCCGAAAAAAAACGAGUAUCGGGUCACCGCAAAGGCAUACACGCUGACGGGGUGUGCGGUUCUGGUCAAGUCGAAGACCAGAUGGCUUCUGGUACUUUUGGAGGAGGGCAAACAAACGACAAUUGCCCUCCCCAUAGCUCUGACCCCGAUUCCGGCCGGGGUGGCCACCUCUGGAGCUCACAUUUUCAUCUGGGAACCGCUCCACACCGCCACCAGCAACCUGUACGUGGUUACCAAUGGCACUUGCCACUUUCUGGCCUCCUUUAAGGGGACCACGGCGUUUCCAGCCCCCCUCUUGCACAACCAGACCCUUCAUCUAGUCCACAGAAACUCCAUUGUCACCGUGGAUGUCACUGGCAACAAAAAGAUCCAAAAGACAAGCCUCAACCUCCAGGGAAGACUUCUGGGCAACGUCCAGUGUCUGGGCGACAGAUACCACCACAUGUCCUACGGCUACAAGGGCUCCAUCUAUCGAGUCUUGCUCAACACCGACACCAAACGGUACUGCGUGGUUCCCAAGCGUGACGACGACGGAUACCUUGUCUAUUGCGACGGAGAGUGGAAGCGGUACUUUUUCAGUCCAAAAUUCUGGGCCAUCGAGCCUCUGAGUCCCGUUUCCAUGUGA